UUCCGCCCGAGCAAAAUAGCGUGUUACGCAGCGUCCGCCCGUGUUUACAGCCUGGAAUCCGUCAAACGAAUUUCCUACGAAUCGGAACAAUAACGUGACCUGGCUUUGUUCUUUGCAUGUUAGCAUAAAGUAGGAACAUAUCUUAGUCGGAAUUGUUAUUAUUAUGUUUUACAAUGUUUCGUUUCGUAACAAAUACAGUGGCGUUUAUGCGUUUUUGUUCCUCUUAGAACAUUCCUCUAGUAAAACAGCUUCAGCGUCGGACGCUUUGGGUAAACUCCUUUGAAAUAUUAAGACCAAACUGAGGCAAUUUAAAGCAUAAAUUGAGUUGUUUUUGGUCAAAAUUGUUAACUUAAAAGCCAACAUGGCUAGCAACUCUGUGGACAUGGAUCCAGAUGUUGCUCGGAGGCUGUUUGAGGAAGGAGCCACGCUGGUGCUGCUCGGUGUCCCUCGUGGUACAGAGCUUGGGAUAGAUUGCAAAAGCUGGCAGGUUGGUCCUCGUUUUCGAGGAGUUAAGAUGAUCCCCCCGGGCCUUCACUUCCUCCAUUACUGCUCCGUUAGCUCUCCAAACAGUGGAGGAGAGGUUGGCCCUAAAACAGGCCUGUUCCUCACCCUCAAACCCAGAGAAAUCCUUCUCGCUAACUGGGACCCUAAAGAAGAAGACCUGGACUUUUCAGCCUCCAAGAACGAAGAGGAGGUUACUCGGAUUCGAGAAACUCUGCAGGACCUGGAUCCUUACUUGGGGCCUUACCCUUAUGAGGUGAUGAGGAAGUGGGUGUCCCUCACAGACCGGAUCAGUGAGGAUCUGGCUGAGAACCUGCAGCCUCUCUCUGGGCGAGUGUGCGCCUUCUGCGAUGUUAUUCCUGAGCUGCAGCUCAGACACACCAAAGACCGGGCAGAGCAGCCAAGGAAUGACACUGCAUGUCAGAGCAUGAAAGAGGGACUCGACAGACUCCCCAAGAUGAAGCAGAGGGAAGGAACGGAGCUGCGCUUCUCCACGAUACCCAAGAAGACCUACCCUCCUGGGGCAACUCCGGCUGAGAUCACCAAAUGCAGCAUGGACCUGAGCUACGCCCUGGAGGCUGUGCUGGAGAAGAACUACAAGGAGGAACCCCUCAACCUGCUUGGUGAGCUGCAGUUUGCAUUUGUGUGUUUCUUGCUUGGAAAUGUGUACGAAGGCUUUGAGCACUGGAAGCAGAUCCUGGCUCUCCUGUGUCGCGCUGAGGAGGCCAUGAAGAAGCGCAGAGAACUGUAUGUGGGGCUCAUCACUGUACUCUACCACCAGCUUGGAGAAAUCCCACCAGACUUCUUUGUUGACAUUGUGUCGCAGAACAACUUCCUGACCACUACUCUGCAGGACUUUUUCCAGUUUGCCUCUGGGCCCGGCAUGGAUGCCACAUUACGGAAGAAAGCCGAGAAGUUCAAAGCCCACCUGACCAAGAAGUUCCGGUGGGAUUUUGACGCAGACCUGGACGACUGUGAUCCUGUGGUGGUGGAACUCCCUGAAGGAGUCACAGUGGACUGACAAUAUCCUCAGUGGAUCAUAUGAUUUGUCAUUUCAUAUGUUUGCUUUGAUCUCAUCUUUAACACAAAAGCUCACUCGAUUAAAAAAAUAAUUGAAACAA